ACGGAUGCAGAGAAGGAGAAUCAAGAGAAAGCUCCUCAGUCAGACACAUCUCCUGUGCAAAAUGAGUCAACGGAUGCAGAGAAGGAGAAUCAAGAGAAAGCUCCUCAGUCAGACACAUCUCCUGUGCAAAAUGAUGAUUUUCACUGGGAAAAUUACUUGAAAGAGACUGGAUCUUUAAGUGCUCCUUCAGAGUGUUUCAGACAGUCCAAGAUUCCACCAGCUAAUGACUUCAAAGUUGGUAUGAAAUUGGAAGCCCGUGACCCUCGCAAUAUGACUUCAAUAUGUAUCGCCACAGUCGUUGGAAUUACUGGUGCCAGGCUACGUUUAAGACUGGACGGUAGUGACAACAGAAAUGAUUUUUGGCGGCUUGUUGAUUCUCCGGACAUACAGCCUGUUGGGACAUGUGAAAAGGAGGGGGACUUACUUCAGCCUCCACUGGGGUACCAGAUGAACACAACAUCUUGGCCAAUGUUCCUCUUGCGAAUACUGAGUGUAUCUGAAAUGGCACCUGCAACAUUCUUUAAGAAGGAACCACCAAAGCCACCUGUAAAUACUUUUAAAGUGGGAAUGAAACUUGAAGCUAUAGACAAAAAGAACCCUUAUCUGAUCUGCCCUGCAACUAUUGGAAAUGUUAAAGGAGAUGAAGUUUAUAUAACAUUCGAUGGCUGGAGUGGAACUUUUGAUUAUUGGUGCAAGUAUUAUUGUCGAGAUAUUUUCCCAGUUGGGUGGUGUCGCCUGACAGGAGAUGUAUUACAACCACCAGGAACUCAUGUUCCUAUUACAAAGAAUAUAGCAAAAACACAUUCUUCCAAAGUAACCCAGUGUUCAAUGAAGUCUCCACAGAAAACUGCUGUAAUAUUACCAACACAGCAGAUCAGGAAAUCAAGUCGGAUUAAACCACCUGCACCUACUUCAGUCCCCAAGAAGGGGAGUACUGUUAAAAAUAUCACACCAAAGAAAAAAGGCCCAAACUCAGGAAGAAAGGAAAAAUGUAUUCCUGUUGUAUGUUCCACAUCUUCAGCUCCUCUCAGUACACUGACCAGAGGACGUCGUGGUGCUUCAUAUGAUAAGGAUGCUGUUGCUGGGUCAUCUAAAAUAGUGAUGUCUACAGUCUGUGUCUAUGUAAACAAACAUGGAAACUGUGGCCCUCACCUGGAUCAGACGAAAAUCCAGCAGCUGCCCAACCGCUUUGGCCCAGGCCCUGUCAAUGUGGUGCUCCGGCGGACGGUGCAGGCCUGCGUGGAUUGUGCCAUUCAAAGUAAGACUGUUUUUGGAUUCCUUAAGCCAGAUCAUCGUGGAGGAGAAGUGAUAACCGCCUCCUUUGAUGGGGAAACUCAUUCCAUCCAGCUCCCUCCAGUGAACAGUGCAUCAUUUGCUCUUCGCUUUCUUGAGACCUUGUGCCACAGCCUGCAGUGUGAUAACCUUUUGAGUAGCCAGCCUUUUAGCUCUUACAGAGGUAAUGGUCAUAGUCCUGCAGAGCAUGAUCAAAAUAAAUCAGAUAAGAGAAAAUUAAAAGAAGAUACAACAGAAAAGAAAAGCACCAAACGACCUUCUCAGCAACCUCUGCCUUAUGUUGCUCCUCUCUCUCCUAAGCUCCCCAAAACAAAGGUGCAUGCCUCUGAAGAAGAAGUAUUAUCUGCUGAGGGAAAUGGCAUGCCCAAAGGGGAAAUGCUUUCUGAAGAGUCCAAGAACUCACCACUAAAUCCAGCAAGUUCUUUGAAUCCUGCCAGCAGAAGUCCUGUAAGCACUCAUACUCCAGUCUCCAGGAGUGUUUUUCAAAGUGUGCCAUGCACCUCGAGUUCAACACUGGUGGGGACCAAAUCAUCUUCCAAGAGCGGUCACCAUGAAGUUACAUUCCAGAAGCAGAGGAAAAGUGAAGCUCCAAGUUAUAUAGCUGUACCUGACCCCAGUGUCCUGAAACAAGGCUUCUCUAAGGACCCUUCAACCUGGUCUGUGGAUGAAGUGAUACAGUUUAUGAAACAUAAAGAUCCUCAGAUAUCAGGCCCCCUCGCCGACCUCUUCAUGCAACAUGAGAUUGAUGGGAAGGCUCUGCUACUACUCAAAAGUGAUGUGAUGAUGAAGUAUAUGGGGCUGAAGUUGGGGCCAGCCUUAAAGUUAUGUUACUAUAUUGAAAAACUUAAAGAAGGAAAAUAUAAUUGA